GUCGACCUUAUGCGCUGUAAUGGAUAAAUUCGAGAAACCACAAUCGUAUCUUAGUUGGACAACCACUCAGGUCAUAUCUUGGCUUUCCGGUUUGGACGAUGCUCUCGAGCCGUAUCUAUCUGCAUUCAGUGCAAAAAAUAUAAGUGGAAAGUGGCUUAGCUCCCUGACUGCUGAUGUCUUGGACAAGUAUGGAGUUCACAAGAUUGGCCAUCAGAUGAUCAUAUUGGAGAAAGUCAAGCAACUGCAAUACCAAUUUUCAUCUUUUGAUAAUGAAACACUUCAGUCAGUUUUAUUGCGCGUCUCACGUUCGUGUACAUGCAUUGUUACUGCAAUAAAUUCUCUUAUGGCUAUAACUAAGAGACGAGAUGCUGAUAGUCCUUAUCCGGGGAUACUUUCAGAUAUUCAGGGAGCUGUUUCUUACAUUCUCAGUUGUAUACUGAAUCUAAUGUCUACGAUUGGAAAUGCUGCGUCCUGGCUAGAGCGACCCCCUUUCUCUCUUCUUCCCGAAAUGGUUGUAUUCCGACAAUUUCUUGUCGAGAAUGCUAUAAUUACCAAUAGGCUAUCUCAACAGGCUAUAAGUACUCAAUGCAAUGAACAUUUUAAGGAGAUAAUCGAUUAUAUUGAACCAAUGCGAAUCCGUGUCGAAGAUGUCCUGCAAAACUGUGGUGAUUCUAUCAUACUAACUCCAUGUGGCAUCGAAAUGGUACAAAUAAGAAAACUUGACUCUGCUGAUUUUGGGUUUAAUUUUCGGUCCACGAUAAACAAUAUUCACGUAAUUGUUUCUGUUCAGGAUGAGUCCCCAGCAUUUAGUACUGGAAAAGUUAACAAAGGAGAUGAAGUAAUCGAAGUAAAUGAACAAAUAGUUAUUGGUUGGCUUCACUAUCGCGUUGCUGAUUUAAUGCGGCAUUCUUCACAGCACAUCAGUUUGCGAUUGCGAAAGCGACCCUCUCAUUCUAACGAUUUUAUUGGUUUUCCAGGAGCUGGGCGGCGUCAUCGCCUAAUAGUCAACCAGAUACCACCUGCUGGGAGCCUAUCCCAGACGCGAGGUGCGUAUAUAUUUACAAGAAAUCCAAAACGUCGUCUGCCUCUUACUGGCCCACUUUCUGCGGAACCUUUGUCUGUUACUCAAGAAACCACCUCUGAUCAAACAUCUGUUUCCUCACCUACAUCAACAUCACCUGAAUCCCAGUCAAUAGUUAGUGUGUCUGGGUUGCUUUCCUCUUCCCCGAGAUCUUCUUUAUCUGUGCAUCAGGGUACAUCAAUAAAAAUAAAUGAUGAUCCUUGCAAUCUGGAAAAUCGUGCUCAUAUAUCUUUUAGACCGAAUUCCAGCAAUGAAUCCAUAAUUUACAAUAACUCGAGGCUUAUUGCUAGUACACCAAAUACUCCAUUAAUGACUUUACGAUCAAUGGACUCGGUGUGUUCUCAUUCUUCGCUAUCGUUUCCUCCCCAUCUCCCACCUGCGCAUCCUGGUACUACAACGUUUGACAACGGAAUAAACGAUGCUAGUGUGGUCUCAUCUGAUAUAACGUACUCAAAAAAAUACAAGUCUGUCAAUACUUCUCAUCAUAUUCGCUCAACUUCUUGUUCUUCAAACAAAUCUGUCUUUCCUCGUUUUUCCCUAACACAUCGACGCACAGCUUCUGGUGACCCAAAACUGAUGAAUAGUAUAUCUAGUGGCAAUGGGGAAGAUACGUUAUUUCAGAAAAAACCGAGUCCCUCUUCUUCGCUUCGCCAUGGUAGCAGUUCAUCUCCUAAGUUUCAUGCUCUUGAUAAACGUUAUAGAAACCUCCAUCGUUCUAGUCUUGAUGAUUUCAUGCUUUUUUUAAAACAUGGAUUGGGAUCAAGAAAACCAACUCGUCGUAUAUCCUGCAAAGAUCUUGGACAAGGAGAUUGCCAAGGUUGGCUUUGGUUGAAGAAAACCAACCCGCUUACCAGUAAAUAUGUGAAGCGAUGGUGUGUUUACAAAAACUCAACGUUCUAUUAUUACAGAAAUCCGGAAGUAAUGUUCUAACUUUUUUGUUAAAAAUAGGAAAAUAUUUAUUUCGCUUAUUUUAGGAUGAUUCAGCUGAAGGUUUAAUUCUGUUGCAUGGUUUCACAAUCACUCCUGCAGUCUCAGCAAAAUCGGGAAAAUUGUAAGUCGUUUCAAUUGCACCUGUUAAAAUUGUAGGAUGUGCUCAAUAUAGACUCCAUCGACUACAAAAAUUGUGGGAGACUACUACACGGUAUUUUCGCCUUAAGAUUCGCUAGUCGAUUGCUACAGUAUAUCGUCCCUGCUAGGUUUUAACACAAAUCCAUAGGCCUACUGAGCUCUCAGCUUAAAAAGCCGUUCAUAGUUAAUUAACGUACGAAGAAUAUAAUGGUUUAGUAUAGUAAUUAUAAGUUGAAGAGACAUUUAAGUAAAACAUUUUUUACACGAUGCAACAACCCUUGAAAAUCCCCGUUCCACUUUUUCGAAGAUGUAGAUUGAUGAUUCAAAAUCAUCAGUGCAACGUUCAUUUCAGUCAGGGUGUGUAGUCGAGAUAUUUCUCUAUAUGUUGGUUGGCUUGUAUGUAUGAUCAAAGCAUUAUGCAUUCCAGAUAUAGUUUAGUAAACGAAAACUCAGGUGCGGCAAACUGAUUUCUUUUUUUAUGCGAAAUCGGACAGUAGCUUUGUAAAGUACUGAAAUCAUACGUUGAAUACAUCUCUUGCACACCUUUUUUUUCAGUUGUCCCUUACAUCUUCUGAGUUAUUAUCGUAUUGCUAUCGUUUUCUCUUCUAGUCUUUUUAUUUCACUCCUGCUAGUAACAUUCUACGUCCAACUCCUACUACAUAAUGCUUAUAUCUGUCUAAAUAAGUAGUGCACACGACAAUACUACGUAAUCGUUUGAGGGUUAAAAAUUUAUUUACAUGUCUUGGAAAUUUCUUUUUAUUUAAACACUUUGAUUUCACCAUAACUAUCUAAUUACCUAUUGCCCUUAUUAUUAACACACAAACCGUAGUUUUAUGUGUUCCGAUCCCGACCAUUGCUUUUACCUACCGUGAUGAACGAAUAAAGCUAUACUGACUAGAACAACCGUUCCUCAAGGUUCUAUCAUGCCAAACAGGUCGAUUGAAGAACGGUAAGGAUAAAAGCGACAAACCCAAGGUCCGAGGACGAAGUCUUACUGCUGACUGUACGGAGGUGUAACGGCAGUAAGGUGUUUCCCUCAGACAACCAGCUGGACAGCGAUUAUGCCUUCCCACGAAGGAAGGGUCGGGUUAGAAAAGGCCGACCCUAAAAUGCACACCUCGCCUUAUCCCACGGAUAUCCAUCUCCAGCAGUAAAGUCUCAACAAGUGCGGAGCUAAUACAAAGGUCGUGUGUGACCAACCUCAAGCAGUUGUCCUUUAGGCACCAUGGUCCCGCUCUCAGGUCACUAAGACUGCCCCUAACCUAGUUUGCUUUUCAGGUACCUCAAGAAGAACCCUUCCACGAUGCGGGCGACCGAGAAGUGAUAACUGCCCUCAUACAUUUAACAGCACUCAAGAUCACUGGUGUCCCAAUUUCAUAGCUUUUAUCCUAGGUUUGCGGAAAUAACAACAUUUUUAAACGAAUAACUUGGGUUAGUUCAUUUGAACAGCUCUCAGUAAUGUCAUGGGGUUUUUCAUAUUUCAUUUAUGAUAGUGCAUUCUCAAUUUUCAAUGAUUGGGUUCGCUUUGUGUUCGCUUCUGAUUCUGAAAUCGACCGAUCAAAAUGGAUGAAUAAGUUAGGUCUAGCUUCAAUCGGUUUGUCUUCUACCAUACCAAAUUCUCGUAUUGGAGGUUUCAAUCCUGGUUAUGUGGUUUUAUGUGACUCGAAAAAUAACGAAAUUCACCCACUAAAAAUUUCCAAGGCGACAACACAUCUGGACUUCGAUCUCAGACAUUAUCAACUUCCAGAACUACAGAUUUCGCAGAAAACUCCAUAACAGUGGUGACUUCCCAGCCUGUGUCAACCCCUACAAAGCAUGCAGAACUACAUUUAGUUUCGUCACCAUCAUUUUCUACGUUUGAUUUGCGUUCGAAUUCUUUGCCAUCUGAACCCCGUGCUGUCCGCUCUAUAAUUUUUCCUCGUAAUAAUGCUCUACCACCCUCAGUUGGACAUUCAUCAUCUCCUGCUCACGCUAGAAUUAGGCUUCGUCAACCACUUGAAAUCCCUUCAGUAGCAUUCGGAUGCUAUAGUGAGAGUGAAGAUGAAAUAGACGAGGAUGUUGAAGCCGAAUGUGAUGUGGAUGACAACAUUGAUGACAACUGUAUCUCUGAGGGAGGUACACAACUUAAUCUUCGAAAUCGACCAGGAUCUGCAUCCCCAUCACAUGAACGAAGAUAUGUUAUUUUAAACAGUACAGAAGAAAAUGAAUGUUUACAAGAAUAUAAAAAGUUGAUUUCAUGUGAAAGUGAACUACAUGCGUCCGAUGUACAUGCUUCAAUACCUUUAUCACAUCCACUGAGAGCUGCACAUAUCAUUACGAAAAACCCCCAUUGUCCUGAUAAGCUUUUAGGUAUCGAAAAGAUUGUUAACGUAAGAAACAACGAAUCAGUCCCCGAAUGCAGUAAUAAGUGUUUCAAUAACUGACGCUGAAAGGUUUAUUUUUAAGUCACCAUAAUCAUCCUUGAUCAUUCGCUGUUGAAUUUAAUUUUGUCACUUUUUGAAUUUUACUUUAUUUUAAUUCAGACUUUAUCUUUUGUGAAAUAUCUCAUGCUAUGUAGU